CAGUUCUGGGAGGCGAGGGAGCCAUGGCCACGGAAAUCGGGUCCCCGCCGCGGUUCUUCCACAUGCCGAGGUUCCAGCACCAGGCGCCUCGGCAGCUCUUCUACAAGCGGCCGGACUUCGCGCAGCAGCAGGCGAUGCAGCAGCUCACCUUCGAUGGGAAGCGCAUGAGGAAAGCUGUCAACAGAAAGACCAUAGACUACAAUCCCUCUGUCAUUAAAUAUCUGGAGAAUAGAGUAUGGCAGAGAGACCAGCGAGAUAUGCGAGCAAUCCAGCCUGAUGCAGGAUAUUAUAAUGAUCUGGUCCCUCCUAUAGGAAUGCUAAACAACCCUAUGAAUGCUGUGACGACAAAGUUUGUUAGAACAUCUACUAAUAAAGUAAAAUGCCCAGUGUUUGUUGUCAGGUGGACUCCUGAGGGGAGACGUUUGGUCACUGGUGCAUCUAGUGGAGAGUUCACUUUAUGGAAUGGACUGACUUUCAAUUUUGAAACAAUAUUGCAGGCUCACGACAGCCCUGUAAGGGCUAUGACUUGGUCACACAAUGAUAUGUGGAUGCUGACAGCAGACCACGGGGGAUAUGUGAAAUACUGGCAGUCCAACAUGAACAACGUCAAGAUGUUCCAGGCACAUAAGGAGGCGAUUAGAGAGGCCAGUUUCUCACCCACGGAUAAUAAAUUUGCUACAUGCUCUGACGACGGCACUGUUAGAAUCUGGGACUUUCUACGUUGCCAUGAGGAGAGAAUUCUUCGAGGUUUGUAGUAACCAUGUGGAGAGAAUGGGGAUUGCCUCCAGGCAGAGUAGCCAAGGUUAUAGAAGUCCCUCCACUUCUACACUCUUUCAACACUCUACAUAAAGUAGGAGGAGUAAAGCAUUGAAUUUAGGCUAUGGAGAAGAGAACUUGCAUUACAUUUUCUUCUUUUACCUUGUGUAUUUUAGCACUGUAAUUGCAACUAGACCUCAGAUAGAAUUAUCCUUUUAUUUCUAACAGUUUAUACAUCUCAGUAUACUAUUUUUAGUUUGCACAGUAGUUCUGUAGGUAAUACCUUUGCUGCUACUCAUUAUCUGCUCACACUUCAUCUUUUGUGUAAAUUUGAAAUGGCUUGAAAACUUUGUGUCUCUGGACAAAAUUGGACAGGACAGAUUAUUCCUUGUUUCUGCUGUCAAGUAAGCAAAGAAAACCCAAACUUCAACCCAAACAACACCAACAUAAAAAUCUCCCACAACAAAGCAAAAUAAUACCAAAACCCCUGAUUGUUGGGAGGGUGUUUCUGCAAACAUACAGGUUUACUUUGGCUUUGGUCUCUAAUGCUGUUUUUAAGUACGGUCAGAAGACUUAUUUGAAAGAGCUGGAUGGGUAACAAUUAAGUAGUUUUCUUGGUGGAAAACACAAGCUUUCACUUUGUUAUUUGGAGUUUAGAGCUUAUGGCUUUAGGUUACUUAUCCUCAGCUUUUGGCUUCUCCACUUUCAUUCUGCUUUUACAUAUUUAGGAGUGUGACCUGUAAUACUUGGCUUAUUACAACCCUCAAAUUGUGUAAAAACUCAUACCAUUGUCAUCCAAAGUUAGUGAUCUGUAAAUUACAAUUCUAGAGCCACUACAUCAAAAGGAUUUUGUUAUGUACAGAAAUUGCUUAGACCAAAUACCACGCUGAGGAAGGGUUUUUAUUUCCCACUGUCACACGUCAUAUAGCUGUCCUGGAUAAUAUUGGUGCUGUGAAGUUGAAGGGGUUCUACAGUGUCCUUUAGAUCCAGAGCUUUGUUUCGUGUAUUAAGAUAUUCUUCAGGUUAUCACACUGAUUUAUAAAAAAUAACUAUCAAAUUUACAGUCAGAUGUAUUUAUGAAAAAGAUUAGCACUCACAGGGAUAAUUUGUCAAUAAUAUUGUUAUUCCUACUGAUUUACAACAACAGAUUAAGGAACAUAUUUUAAGAAAUGUUUUUGAGGAUUUUAAUGCUAAGGAGUGCUUUUAGAGCAGUUCUUUAAAGAGCAUUAAAGUUACUGGGAUACACUUUGCUGAUACAGAAGAGACAAGACUCUGUAGACUUACUACGGGCCCUUUUGCUUGCACUGGAAUAAACUUAUCAUUAUUCCUGUUAUUUAAUGAAAUGGUGCCCUUAAAACUGGUCUGAGGCAACAAUUGUAGCCUUCUGAAGAGUAUUGUAAAAACAAGCAGCAGUGGUAAAUUACAGAGGAUGACUUGUUAAGGUUUUCUUGGAGUUUUUUCAACUGUCUGUAAUAGGCUAUAUAUUUUUUCAGUAGUUAAACCCAGGAAUACCUGGGCUGCAUGAGAUACACUUAUUAACUGUCUCCAGUUCACUUUUAUUUUGUCAAAAUGAAGAUAAAGAGAACACCCUGUUUGGUCUUUCAUACAUAGUGCCAGAAGUUUUGGAUCUCUUUUCUUCAGUCUCCAAGUCUCUUUGCUGUCCAGCCUUUCACUGAUUUAUGUUGCUUUGGCUUCUUUUCUCCCACCGUGGCUUUCCAGCACACAGGAGGGGGAGUUUAGGCAUUUUAUCAGAAGGACAUGCAGAGUUAUCAGGCUCAUUUUUAAUAUCCUAAAGAAAUAAAUAGGGUUAAAAUCUUUACCUUUGGGAACCAUCUUUAAAUAAUUACAGUGAAUUAUCUUAAAAGAACUUGAAGGUGAGGGAAACGGCACUGAGUGUCAGGAACUGCACUGAGUCAGAGUGCUUGCUUCUCAACAGCCCAAGUCCUGCCUGGUGUUCUCUUAAAGUAGAAGUACUGUGCUCCUACUUUUGAAGCUUUUUCCUGUGUUAAUUUCUGGCAUGAUACCAUCUUGAUGGUAGCAAGUGCAGUUUGGGUGCACUUCCCAAAAUAGGUUCCCUGGAACCUCACUGAUGUUAAAAUCGUUCUUGUUAAAAUAAGACGUGGAAAACAGGCUGUAGUAUAGCAACAUGGUUUUCUCACUACAGUAAUCUGUGACUCUGAAAGGCAUUUCCAAUAAUACACUGUCAGGUCUUUUGUGUAAACAGCUGCAGUGAAGUCCAGGACAUCACAUGAACAUUUCUGUAAGAACAUACACGUUGAUGGCUUUGAGUAAUGCUGAAAACAUCCAGUGAAAAACUGGAUGCAGUAAAAUCUUCAUGUCCCUUUAUUCCUAUUGGGAAAUUAGUGUUAUUUCUGAUUUUUCCUUGUGGCAGUGACUCUCUGGGUCUGGGCUGGUGUAUCCCUGAGAAUAUUUUGGGUAGAUCAUUAAUAAACACAUGAUUCCUUAAUUUUUCUCUCAGCAUGAUACCGUGAGCUAGGAGGCUUCAAAUACAUUUUGAAUUUCUCAGUUCCACUGUCCUUCCUUCUCCUUCCUUCAGUCACCCAAAAUCCAGUAGAAAUGCAUGCUUUAGAUGACUGUACUGUUUUUAUUCUGAAGUGUAGAUGGGCACUGUGCUCCCAGGAUUUCAAAGGUUGCCUGCCUUAAAUAGGUCUUUUGGGGAGGAUAACUCCACGCAGCUCCCUGAAGGAUGGUAACCCAGGCUGUUUACAAGACUUUGUAGAUAAGUUUUUUCUGUCCCUAAAAUAGAGUAAUACACUAACUGAUCUUUCAGCCAACGUGGUAGACUUAGCAAAAAUUUUUCUUAUCCUAACUUGAACAAUUAAAAACAAUCAAGAUUUCAUUACAUUCUGUCUGGAUUUAAAAUUUGCAGUUUGUAACAACAUGCGAUUCCUAACACCAUCACCUACAAAAUAACACGUAUGUAUUACAUGCAGAAGUCACAGGUAAACAGACUUUUCACCUGCUCACAGGUGUCUGCACAUCUAAUCAUACUUAAAUAGCGGUAGAAUUUUUUAUUUGUUCCUUCCUUCUACUCCACUUCUGGAUCUUUAUUAGCAAAUAACAUACUGUGAAGUCUCUUCAGCUGUCUAAAUCUGUUGUAUGGUUUGUAUUCUCUGCCUGAAAGUCAAGGAUCUCUUUCUUCAGAGUUUUUGAUUUACAAUUCCUCAGUCAAAUUGCAAAUCCUGUACUUAAAUUUGUAGGUGAGUUCCAUAGUUAAAAGGAACUACAUCUUCAGUUUGGUCCCUUGCUUUAAACAUACAUUAGUAACCAGCUCUUACCCUUGAUGCAAGUAGCUUCUAAAACUCUUCCCUUUUCCUGGAAUGUAAUUGAACUCUACAUUGGAUGAUUUAAAAGAAAAAAAAAAUCCUGAUAUUGCUGUUUCCAUCUUUCUUCCCUUUAUCUAAGGUCUUUCUUUUGUUGUCCUUGUCUUAGCAAGGAGAGAAAACGCAGCAAAUUCCAGAAAUACAUGUAUGUUGAUACUGUGUUUCUUGUUUAAACCUUCAGCUUUGUGUGAGGGUUGUUUCUUUGUACUGUUAGGAUUUCAGGUAUCUCUAAUAGGUCUUCUAGUUCUACUGAUGCAUCCCUGUGUGAGUAUUAGAAGGACAAGAUGAGACCUGGCUCAUACUGGCACCAUCCGUAUGAAUCUAGAGAAGGAAAGUCCUGGAAUUUUUGAACUUAAGAAGAUGAGCUGUUUUGAAAUGCUGGUUUUUGACCAGUUCAGUCUCCUCUUUGUCGGUGAGUUUUAGUGUCACAGUUGGUGUUCCAGGUCUCUGAUCUUCCUGAAUCUUCACUGCUAAAGCCAAGCUGGCGAUGGGGGGAGGGAUAAGUUGCCACUAACUCAGUUGAGGUACAGCUGCACUCUGAAUGGCUGUGCUUUUCAUGUGUGUUAGGCACAAGAAAUGGUAAGGAUCUUACCAUCAAUUGUGACUUCACGUGGAAUUAAGCAUAGUAUGGCACAGUACUCUGUGCAGGAGUCAGGAUCCACCUACAGUGACUACCACUGUGGGAGCAGUGACUUUGUCCCCAGCCCCUGCUCAUAAUUGUGGAGGAAGAAAAGAACUUUUUUAAGGGGAUAACAUUGGUACUAAUGAUAAAAUCCUGAACUACAGAGGCAUUUGGCUGUUGCUGAGAUGGUCCCCAUCUUCCUUUCUCAGCACAAGUGUGGUUGUUGAAAAGGAGACAGUCUGGGUGCAUUAAGGAUGGUGAUUUCUUAGUAUCUUCUCACCAGUAUUUGUCAUAGCAAAGGUUCUCAACAACAACAAAAAAAAUCAUCUGGAUUUACCCUUCUGCCAGUUAUGUUAGUAACUCAUCUCUGAUAAAGUCUUAUGUGGAUAAAUACUCAGAAUUGUGUGCUUUAUUAAUUAUAUUUUUAAUGGAAUCUUUUAUCUGACAUACCAUUUCCUAAGAGACCAUAGGUAAAAUAAAGCCAUUUCAGAAUAAAUGGUGGAAGUCUACAAAAAAAUCAAAGAACACAACUCCUUGCUGAAAAUAAUCCAUGUCAGUCCUUAAAAACUUUCCUUGCAGGCUUCUUAACACCACUUUUCUUUUGUGUGUGGGUUGAACAGAGUACUUUUUAAUUUAUUUUUCUUUUUUCAUAUCCUCUAGUUACUGUACUAAAAGUUUUUGUGCAUCUAGGUAAGCACAGACUUUGCAAAGUGUUUGGUGUUUUCUUUGCAUCAUUUAAAUUCCACAUACUCAAGUUAUUUCCUGUUAUUUUACAUUUAACUCUGGGUGCUAUUGUGACUUGAGUAGUGAGAUACUUGACAACAAGUUUUAUCAUAUAGGAAAUAGUCUUCCAUACCUGCCUGGCAUUACUUUCUCAUGAGAAAGCUGGUCCUCCUCAUGCCACAUUGCAUUUAUAGGAAGACACAGAGUCAAAAUUGAAACUGGGGAAUGUCUGAAAUGGGAUUGUAUAGCAGACCAGGAGAAAAGGGAUAAAUAAUAAUCCUGAAAAAAUUGGGUGAAAGGUGUCUGGAAAUAAGAAGGAUAGGAAAUGGAAGGAAAGUGUGGAAGGUGUGUCAAUAUGAAAAAAAAUAAUAAAAACAACAGCUCUUAUAAGGAUUUGAAAAGCUGGUGGCAGUGUGAGCAUGGAGAUGACAAUGAGGUGUGAUGGGACCUCACAAGUCAUGCUCUGGGUGUUGUGGGGAUAACUCAGAGCAGCCUCAGUUGCUGGAGCAACCAGAGAAUGGUUUGUGACUGAAUGAGACACUCGAGUACAAGCGGACAGUGUAGAAUGUGCCAAGAGUGUCUGUGUCUGUAAUAAUGGUCCCCAUUAUAUCUUUUAAAUUUUAUGUUCUGUGUUGUGAUUCUUGGAUACUCAGGUUGAUGUGUUGGAGUAGAGUUAGGAACACACUCUAUUUGUUUGGAAGAUGAGCACGGAGUGAAUCACAGAAUAAGCUGAGUUGGAAGGGACCCAUCAGGAUCAAGUCCAACUCCUGGCCCUGUGCAGGAGAUGCCAAGUCACACCAUGUGCCUGAGAGCAUUGUCCAAAUGCUUCUUGAGCUCUGUCAGCCUUGAUGCUGUGGCCCCUGCCCUGGGGAGCUUGUUCAGUGCCCAACCACCCUCUGGGGGAAAAACUUGAUAUCCAACCUAAACCUCUCCUGACUCAGCUCAAGCCAUUCCCUCAAGUGCUGUUACUGGUCACAAGAGUAAAGAGAUCCCUUUGCUUCCCCUCAUGAGGGUGUUGAAGAUCACAAUGAGGUAUCUCCUUAGUCUCCUCCAGGCUGAACAGACAAGUGCCCUCAGCUGCUCCUCAUACAGCUUUCCCUCCAGACCCCUCCUUUGGACACUCUGAUGGCUUCAUGUCUUUUUUAUAUUGUGGUGCCCCAGACUGCCCCCAGAACUCAAGGUGAGGCUGCCCCAGGGCAGAGCAGAGCAGCACAAUCCCCUCCCUGACUCAGCUGACCAUGCUGGGCCUGAUGCCCCCAGGACAGGGUUGGCCCUCCUGGCUGCCAGGGCACUGCUGACUCGUGGCCAACUGGCACCCACCAGGACCCCCAGGACCCUUUCCCAGCACUGCUUUCCAGCCUCUCAUUCCCAGUCUGUCUGUACAUCUGGGGCUGCCCCAUCCCAGGGGCAGAAUCCCUUGUUAAUUCCCUUGUUAAUCCUCAUGUGGUUGGUGGUUGCCCAAGUCAGUGCUAUUUUAUUAAGGGAAUGAUGCCACCAUUCUUAGUGUAACAGGAGAAAGCUGUUUCUGCCACCCAAUAGAAGCUCCGUUAUGUUGUUUAGUAGUCCCUAAGAAGUAAUGUGAAUU